UCGCAGUGUUGAAAUGUUGCCGACAGCGAAAUUUCAUUGAAGAUACAGUUUCUAGCAAAGUCUUUGACCGACUAAAUAGAAUCGUAUUCAGUGUUGUCUGUUUCCAGGAAAUUUUGUAAUUUUCUUUUCGUUCAAUUUAUAACAUAGAAUAUAGGGACGACAACUGUAACCGGCUGUGAAAAAGUUUUCAAUCAUGGCUAGUGUCUCUUAUCAAAUCGCAAACUUGCUGGAGAAGAUGACCUCCAGUGACAAGGAUUUUAGAUUUAUGGCAACUAAUGAUCUAAUGAGCGAGUUACAAAAAGACAGCAUCAAAUUGGACGAUGAUUCAGAACGUAAAGUUGUAAAGAUGCUUUUAAAACUACUGGAGGACAAAAAUGGAGAAGUACAAAAUCUUGCAGUAAAAUGUUUGGGCCCCUUAGUCAAUAAGGUAAAGGAGUACCAAGUGGAAACUAUCGUUGACGCGCUAUGUAGUAACAUGGUGUCAGACAAAGAACAGUUAAGAGAUAUUUCCAGUAUCGGUUUGAAGACUGUGAUUUCUGAACUUCCUUUGGGAUCCAGUGCACUCGUUGCAAAUGUUUGCAAACGAAUAACUGGCCGACUUAGCAGCGCUAUAGAAAAACAGGAAGACGUGUCCGUGCAACUCGAGGCCCUCGAUAUUGUGGCCGACUUGUUGUCUCGAUUUGGUGCUUUACUAGUCGCCUUUCAUUCUAUUAUUUUGGCCGCUCUGCUACCGCAACUUUCUUCUCCCCGUCAAGCAGUUCGAAAGCGUACUAUAGUGGCGUUGAGCCACCUUUUGACAUCGAGUAACAAUUAUUUGUAUAAUAAACUUUUGAAUCAUUUACUGGAAGGUCUUACUACACAAACUGCAAAAAAUGUGAUACGCACCUAUAUACAAUGCAUCGCUUCUAUUUGUCGUCAAGCGGGGCACAGAUUCGGUGAACAAAUAGAGAGGGUCAUGCCACUGAUUGUACAGUAUAGCAACGAGGAUGACGACGAGCUGAGAGAAUACUGUUUGCAAGCGUUCGAGUCUUUUGUGUACAGAUGCCCUAAAGAAAUUACACCGCACAUAAAUAAAAUAAUAGAAAUUUGUUUGGUUUACAUCACGUACGAUCCAAACUACAAUUACGACGAUGAUAUGAGCGAUUCGUCCGACGGCGAAGGCGUUGUAAUGGAAAUAGAGGAAGACGGAGAGGAAGACGCGGAAGACGAGUAUUCAGACGACGAUGAUAUGAGUUGGAAAGUUCGUAGAGCAACCGCGAAAUGUCUCGAAGCUGUUGUAUCCACUAGACGAGAACUUCUCCCUGACCUUUAUAAAGUUGUCUCUCCAGCCCUGAUAUCCAGAUUUAAAGAAAGAGAGGAAAAUGUAAAAUCGGAUAUUUUCCAUGCGUAUAUUGCACUUUUAAGACAGACAAGACCGGCUACUGGUGUGCCUCUGGAUCCCGAUGCAAUGGAAGACGACGAUGGUCCGAUAUCGUUGCUGCAACAACAGGUUCCAUUGAUAGUAAAAGCGGUUCAUCGUCAAAUGAAAGAGAAAAGCAUUAAGACACGACAAGAUUGCUUUUCGUUGUUAAAAGAAUUGGUACUCGUAUUGCCUGGGGCUUUAAACAAUCAUAUACCGGCAUUGAUAUCCGGUAUACAGUAUUCUCUGGGGGAUAAAAACUCCUCUUCGAACAUGAAAAUCGACACAUUGGCUUUUAUACACACGUUAUUGAUAACUCAUCAACCUGAAGUGUUUCGUGCUCACAUGGCGGUUUUAGUACCACCGAUCAUAGCUGCUGUUGGAGACCCAUUUUAUAAAAUUACAGCCGAAGCGUUGUUAGUGUUGCAACAGCUUGUACAAGUCAUUAGACCACAUAACAAACCAUGCUAUUUCGAUUUAACGUCAUUGUCUGGCGAAAUAUAUCAUUGCACGUUAAUGAGACUAAAGACAGCCGACAUCGAUCAAGAAGUAAAAGAAAGGGCGAUCGCUUGUAUGGGUCAAAUUCUCGCCCAUUUUGGAGACAUAUUGUGCGAUGAAUUGCGCUUAUGCCUUCCUAUAUUUUUGGACAGACUCCGUAACGAAAUUACACGACUCACGACAGUCAAAGCAUUAACGUGUAUAGCAUCGUCUCCUUUGAGAGUAAAUCUUGAGCAAAUUAUGGAAGAGGCAAUUCCAAUUCUUGGAUCAUUCCUCAGAAAGAAUCAAAGAGCUUUAAAGUUAUGUUCCCUAUCACUUUUAGACACUCUGGUUCAAAAUUAUAGUUCUGCUCUUCACGUAGAUUUAUUAGAUAAGGUUACCACGGAGUUGCCAGCGUUAUUAAAUGAGACUGAUCUACAUAUUGCGCAGUUAACUCUUAAUCUUCUCACGACUAUUGCAAAACUACAUCCAGUCGCCCUGACUAGGGUGUCUGAUAAUAUCCUACCGGAAAUAUUAGUUCUAGUAAAAUCUCCGCUCCUUCAAGGCGUAGCUUUGAACUCGAUGUUAGAAUUUUUCCAAGCGUUAGUUCAGGCAGACAUACCGGAUCUUGGUUACAGAGAAUUGCUCUCGAUGUUGAUAGCAUCCGUUAGCCUGUCUGUACUUCACAAGCAAGCUUACCAUUCGCUUGCCAAAUGCGCGGCCGCGUUAACUAUCACAUGGCAUCAAGAAGCGCAGGCAGUAGUGGAACAAUUUUUAAAAGACGUUCAAAAUCCACAAAGCGACGCGCAACAUAUUUUUGCAUUAUUGGUUAUCGGUGAAAUAGGUAGACACGUGGAUCUGAGUGGAAUCGCUUCUUUAAAGCACAUAAUUUUAAAUUCGUUUUCGUCCCACUCGGAGGAAGUAAAAUCGGCAGCAAGUUACACAUUAGGGAACAUAGCAGUCGGCAAUCUCCCCGAAUACUUACCGUUUAUAUUAAAAGAAAUUGAGGCACAACCGAAACGUCAAUAUCUCCUCCUGCAUUCGUUAAAAGAGAUUAUCACGUGUCAAUCAGCUAGUCCUUCUGGUGUAUCCCAUUUACAAAACUUUGUGCCUUCGAUUUGGAUGCUGUUGUACAGGCAUUGCGAAUGCACAGAAGAAGGUACACGCAAUGUCGUCGCUGAAUGUCUGGGAAAGCUCACCUUGAUCGAUCCUACCACAUUGUUACCAAGAUUACAAGAAUCUCUAAAAUCACCUUCCGCGUUCAUGAGAACCACUACAGUUACAGCUGUUAAAUUCACUAUUUCCGAUCAGCCACAACAAAUCGAUAUUAUGUUAAAACAAUGUAUGGGCAAUUUCUUAGUCGCGCUGGAAGAUCCUGAUCUGAAUGUAAGGAGGGUAGCUUUAGUUGCAUUUAAUUCGGCGGCUCACAAUAAACCAAUGCUUAUAAGAGAUUUACUAGAUUCUGUGCUACCACAUCUUUAUACCGAAACAAAGAUAAAGAAAGAACUGAUAAGAGAGGUCGAAAUGGGCCCCUUCAAACACACGGUGGACGAUGGCCUGGAUCUCAGAAAAGCAGCAUUCGAAUGCAUGUAUACCUUGCUCGAUUCUUGUCUGGAUCGGCUAGAUGUUUUCAACUUUUUGAAUCACGUUGAAAACGGCCUCAGAGAUCACUAUGAUAUCAAAAUGCUGACCUACCUUAUGACCGCCAGGCUCGCGCAAUUGUGUCCUACAGCGGUUCUGCAAAGGUUGGAGCGGUUAGUCGAACCGUUGAAAAGUACUUGUACAAUGAAAGUAAAGGCGAAUUCGGUGAAACAAGAGUACGAGAAGCAAGAUGAACUUAAACGUUCGGCAUUGAGGGCAGUAGCAGCGCUUCUAACUAUACCAGACGCCGAUAAAAAUCCGUCGUUAUGCGAAUUCGUAACGCAGAUCAAAGCAACGUCCGAAUUACAGCCGCUGUUCGAAAUAAUUCAGAAGGACUGCACUGGCAGCAGUAUGAACGAAACCAACGCGAUGGAUCAGAGUUAGUCUACGAACCUUAAUUUUUGUAUUUUACAUAGAUCGCUGUUAGCUAAGCAUGAUUGCGGUCAUAUUAUUCAUAGUUUAUUUCUAUACGUUAUUUUUUCAUUAUUGUCUUUGAUCCGAAACGUAGUUUGAAAUGAAUGUGAUUUCAUGUAAUACGCCAUGUAUAAAUUACUAAAAUAAAUUUGCCAAUUGUAAGCAUUUUACGAUAACGCACCGGGCUUUCGUUCAACGAUAAAAUCAACACUAAAAUUUCGAAUCCGAUCGGACCUAUAAAUGUUUUUCUGGACAGGAAUAAAAGAUAACGGAAAGAAAACUUAGCUUUUCUUUUUCUUUUCUUUUUUUUUUUUUUUUGCUUCGUGCGUUUCACUUAAAGAA